GAAACUGUUGAAGUCUACUUUGGUCCUGAUGCCACUGUUUGGCGUUCACUACAUAGUGUUCAUGGCCAUGCCUUAUACUGAGGUAACUGGAGUGCCCUGGCAGAUACAGAUGCACUACGAGAUGCUCUUCAAUUCAUUCCAGGUACUGACUGGUCUUGUACCACAUGAAUGAAUGAACGAUCGAACUAAUGUUGUUUUACCGCAUGUGGGUUUAGUCACAGGCAGCCAGCAAUGGAUCCGAAAUGGUGAGCUACUACAGUACUGUAAAAAGGAGCUAGAUCAAUCGGCCAAAGUCCACAAUGGGACACUGCAUCUGCUCUAGUGGUGUGCUACACAUAAUGAAGUAUUGAGUUGUGAUUAAACUUUUAUGAGUAAGAAUUUGAGAGAGCUGCACAGCUCAGUGUUUUCAGAGUAAGCAGCUGGUGUUGAAGAGUCACUUUAUAUUGUAUGGUAUUCUUCUAGAGUGCUCUGGAUAGAUGCUCAGAUCAACCUGUGAACUUUGAGGCAUACGCAAAAAUGUUAUAAUGUUUUAUCUUCUUUUCAGGGAUUCUUUGUGGCAAUUAUAUAUUGUUUCUGCAAUGGGGAGGUAAGGACAACUUUGAACAAUUUUAUUAAUAUUUAUCUGUGAAAAUGUCUUCAAGGAAAUCAUGAUAGAUUAUAGUCUAUUAUUUAAGACAAAAUAUGUAAUCCUGAUAUAUAAUAUAGACCAAAGAGCUGUCAAAGGACACCAGAAACAAAAUUGUAGACCUGCACCAGGCUGGGAAGACUGAAUCUGCAAUAGGUAAGCAGCUUGGUUUGAAGAAAUCAACUGUGGGAGCAAUUAUUAGGAUAUGGAAGACAUACAAGACCACUGAUAAUCUCCCUCGAUCUGGGGCUCCACGCAAGAUCUCACCCCGUGGGGUGAAAAUGAUCACAAGAACGGUGAGCAAAAAUCCCAGAACCACACGGGGGGACCUAGUGAAUGACCUGCAGAGAGCUGGGACCAAAGUAACAAAGCCUACCAUCAGUAACACACUACGCCACCAGAGACUCAAAUCCUGCAGUGCCAGACGUGUCCCCCUGCUUAAGCCAGUACAUGUCCAGGCCCGUCUGAAGUUUGCUAGAGUGCAUUUGGAUGAUCCAGAAGAGGAUUGGGAGAAUGUCAUAUGGUCAGAUGAAACCAAAAUAUAACUUUUUGGUAAAAACUCAACUCGUCGUGUUUGGAGUAAAAAAGACUGCUGAGUUGCGUCCAAAGAACACCAUACCUACUGUGAAGCAUGGGGGUGGAAACAUCAUGCUUUGGGGCUGUUUUUCUGCAAAGGGACCAGGACGACUGAUCCGUGUAAAGGAAAGAAUGAAUGGGGCCAUGUAUCGUGAGAUUUUGAGUGAAAACCUCCUUCCAUCAGCAAGGGCAUUGAAGAUGAAACGUGGCUGGGUCUUUCAGCAUGACAAUGAUCCCAAACACACUGCCCGGGCAAUGAAGGAGUGGCUUCGUAAGAAGCAUUUCACGGUCCUGGAGUGGCCUAGCCAGUCUCCAGAUCUCAACCCCAUAGAAAAUCUUUGGAGGGAGUUGAAAGUCCGUGUUGCCCAGCAACAGCCCCAAAACAUCACUGCUCUAGAGGAGAUCUGCAUGGAGGAAUGGGCCAAAAUACCAGCAACAGUGUGUGAAAUCCUUGUGAAGACUUACAGAAAACGUUUGACCUGUGUCAUUGCCAACAAAGGGUAAUAUAAUAUUAUGCUCAUGAUUAAUUGCAGUCACAGUAUGCACACCAAAAAUCUGAGACUCAAUUAUUGUAUGCAGGGCUGUGCACAGACCUUUCAGGGGGCCAGGCUCUCAAAAUGAAUAGGCCUAUUUAUUUCUGCAACACACUCACUCAUCACAAAUUGUAAGCAAGCUAGUUACCAUGCCUCUUGAAGACAUGAUUGACAUUGGGAAAAGAGGGUAGGCUAUCAGCUGAUCAUUGAUGUUGAUGAUUGAUGUAAAUCUGCUAGUUACUGGUUGUGAUUUAUAUCGUCAAUGAUCUUAAAUAAUAACUUAAUAAUAUAGCCUAAUAUGCAUAAUCUUCUAACUCAUGAUAUAUGGCUGACUAGAGGUUUUUGUGGAUAUUUUUGUAUAUGGUGGUUAGCUAGAGUCUAGACUACCUGUGUUCAGUGCUUCAUUUGUUAAUUUCGGAGGAACAAAAAGUGAGCGAGAGAGGGGGGUGACCUAGGGAGCUCUGAGGUACCAGAAUGCAUGAAAUAAACAAAAAUUAGGCUAUAAUAAAGCAUUGCAUGCAUAUCAUCGCAAUUGCGUAGUGGGUAUAGAGAAGUAGCCUAGAGUAGAGGCGCUUACAGAAGUUGCACAUAUGGGGGGGAAUAGAUGUGGGCCUACUUAUAAACGCAUUUCGUGCAAUUCUACAUCAUUUUACAUGACAGAAUCGUUUUUAAUACCGCACAAAUGAUCAAAAUGACAAGCUACUUUGACAGUGACAAACAGAAUCUGAGAUCAAUAAAAAACAACCUUGUUUUGAAUACCGCACAAAUGAUCAAAAUGACAAGCUACUUUGACAGUGACAAACUGAGAAUCUGAGAUCAAUAAAAAACAACCUUGUUUUGAAUCCAUCAAUAGCCUAGGCCUAGGUAUGUGGAGACACACAUAUUGUACAAUAUGAGGAUGAAAUUAUAGUCUUAAAAAAGCUUUCCAGUUUAACUGACUCACCCAAUGAUGUGCAGGUCACUCGCCAGCAAUGGCCGAUGUGCUCGUGCCAAAAGCCUAUCUCUCUCUUGUAAACAAUGUUCGCUCAAUAGGCCUAUUUGGAAGUAGAUAAAAUAUUUUGGUAGCCUACAGCAGAGAGAUUCAUAUUCUCUUUUCAGCAGGAGCCAUUUGCUUUCCAACCUGUGUUUUCCAACGAUUGUAUUUGAAAUAUUGUGAAAGGCCUGUUUUUUAUGCAUGCUGUUCACUGACAGAUUUGCUGUGCGUUCCCGACUGCAUUGUUAUUGGGCUACACACAAUCCACAGCUAUGCUAUUUAAAAAAAAAAGAAGCCAUUGAUCCUCUGUGGCUAAAUUAUAGGCCUACUCAUGGUGUAGUAGGCUAUUCUGAAUUAUUUCAAUUUAUCAGGGGUUCUACAGCACCUCCAGCACCCUUCCCACGGCUAUGAUUCUAUAAGGAAAUAAAUGAUGAAGGGCUGCUGCACGUAGUCUAUCAGCCAACCAGACAGAUAUUGAUGAUGGUAAAUCAAGUGUUAUCAAGUGAUAAUCAAAUGUUAUGCAGUACUGUUGAUAUUUAAACUAGGUAGCUUGCUACACACACACUCAACCGGUGACCUGCAUCACAAGCUAUGCAUGUUUGGAUACCGGGCGCACGCAAUCCCCAUACAGGUCAGACUGUGAAAAAGGCAGUACCGGGCACACGUGAGCUCCGUACAGGGCACACCAACGGACAGGAGGGGUGGGGGGUGGCGAACUUGACUACGUAACGACGACGUGGGUUCAGAACAACAACGACUAAAACUGUAUUAAAAAAAAGUUCUACCACCACCCAAAAGGGCACUAGGCGAGUGGGAGGGCAAAGGGGCAGAUGCUUGGGCACAGGUAGACACAUAUCCGUGCACGUGCCUGAUUAAUAUGCCACAGUAGUUUAGAUGUAGUGACAAUCUCAUUUCUUUCCAUCUUCCUUUAGGUCCAGGCGGAAAUUAAGAAAACCUGGAGCAGGAGGACACUAGCGCUGGACUUUAAACGUAAAGCCCGUAGUGGCAGUAACACGUAUAGUUAUGGACCUAUGGUGUCUCACACCAGUGUAACCAACGUCACUGCCCGGGGGCCCCUGGCCCUCCAUCUCACCACGCGCCUUGGGGCCCCAGUCACCAUCAACGGGCACCGGAACCUCCCAGGUUAUGUGAAGAACGGUUCCGUCUCCGAGCACUCUAUCCCUUCCUCGGGACAGGAGUUACACAUUCCCGAAGAGGAGCAGCCGUCCAAUAACGAGCCACCGCAUUCUGUAGAGGAGGAGAAACCCUCGCCUGUGGUGGAGGAGGAGCGGGAGACCGUUAUG